AUCAAGCCUAGAGCAGAUCUCUGGCUUUGAAAGGAGGAGUUGCUCAUUGGCUAUGAUCCAGGAGAGUCUUCUGGGAAGGACGCUUCAGUUUCUGCCCCUACCACAGGCCAACUACAUUUUAUGAGAAAUUGCAUUUGCAACAUAAGCAUGCCAUGUCACAGCUGCAGACCUUGAACAGGAAAAACACUGAGGCCUCCAAGAACUUGAAGAUGCUUGAGGAGGAGUCUGGCUUCUAUCGCAACCUGCGCAGCCAGCUGCUGAUGGCCCAGUCUCAGCUGAAGACCAAGGUGGAUAUGCUGAAGCAGGAAAAUAGGAAAAUUCGGAGGCAAUGUGCCGCACUACAGCAGAACUUGGGGGAAUUGAGACUGAUCUAUAAGAAUCAACCGGAGGACACCAGUGACCCCCAGACCCAGCAGCAGCAGGAUCCGGAAAGAAUGGAGGAAUUGCUGCAGGACAGACACAAACAGAAGGAGCCGGGCAUCCAGGAGAAGAAUUUGGCGGAAGAGCUGCAGUAUCACUUUGAGGUCCUCCGGAAGAGCUGCUUCCUGACAGGGCUGAAUCAGUUGAAGAAGGAGGUGGGAAUGCUGAGUCAGGAAAACAAGGAAAUGCAAGGCGAUUGUGCCCUACUACAGCAGCACGUGGAAGACUUGAAGCCAAUCUAUAAGAAGCAACAGGAGGAGGACAGUGACUUCCAGACCCAGCACCAAAAGCACAUGGAACGGAUGGAGGAAAAGCUGCAGUAUGUGCUGAAGAAGAAGAAGAUGGCCAUCAAGCAAAGGGAGUUAGCAGAAAAGCUCAAGUAUGACUUUGAGGUCCUCCAAAUGAGGUCUAAGAAACUGCGGCAUGAGAUGGAACUGGCCACAGCCCAGGAAGACAGUGUCCUGCAGAAAGACCUGCUGCGUCAGGAGCCACCCGCUGCAUCCGGAGCCUGCCGAGCCCCAUCCCCAGAAACCACAAAAUCCCUUGGAUAGAUUUGCUUUAACAUAUUCUAUUUCCUCAUUGUGAAUAGGCCCUAAUUUUAUGGAGCCUGUGAGCCACCAGUCUUCCUCUGGGUCUGCUUCCUUCGAUGUUCUGACAACUCCCCUUGAGAGAACCGAGGUGACUGCCCUGUCACUGUGUCCAAGACCAGGGACAGGCUGAGGGUUUGUGAUGCUAAAUCUGUAGUGAGAGAAUGGUGCUUAGCAUAAUUUUGUGUUUGGGUUUCUGUUUGGGGUUUUUGCUCUUAGAUGUUUUGGUUUUGGUUUUCUUAUUGAUAUGCUAUCUGUUCUUAUUAUCAUUUUUCAAAAAUUGCUAGCAUCAUUCACUGUUUAUACUGACUUCUUUUUUAAUGCCCAUUAAAAGUAUGUUUUAUGAAUAAUAAACAUUUCUAACUCUUC